GUACUUUUCCGAACGUCGCGCCCUCGCCACGGGCAUCGUCGCUACGGGCAGUUCUCUCGGCGGCGUCGUGUACCCUCUCAUCUUCCAGAGCCUGUACCCUCGCAUGGGCUUCCCCUGGGCUACGAGGGUCCUCGCUUUCAUCUCCCUCGCCACAAACGCCUUUGCCUUCGCCGUCUUGCGGCAGCGCCGUCGCCGGACUGAGUCUGAAUCCGAUGAUGAAGGCGCCGGAAAACGGAAGCGCCGUGUCAUGUUGGACCUCUCCGCGUACCGAACCGUCUCCUUCGUUGUCUUCUCCGCUGCCAUGUUCUUCAACUUCUUCUCCUACAUGGCGCCUAUCUACUAUCUCCAGCAAUACUCCCUCGCCCAUGGCCUAUCAAGUGGGGGCUCUUCGAGACUGCCAUACUAUUUAGUCGCGAUCCUCAACGCGGGCUCAAUCCUCGGCAGAGUCUUUCCUGCAUGGCUUGCCGGCCACUUUGGACCCAUUAACGUUCUCCUCGGCGUCUCCGUCUCCAUCGCCGCCGUCGCUCUGAGCUGGCUGGCUGUGCAUGACGCCGCGGGCAGCGUCGCUUUUGCACUCGCAUACGGGUUCGCCUCUGGUGGGCUCGUAUCACUGCCGCCUACCGUUAUCUCGAGUCUCGUGCCUGACCUCAGCUUACAUGGCACUUGGCUGGGCAUGCUAUGCACAACCAAUGCUUUUGGUUCAUUGGCCGGACCACCGAUAGCGGGUGCCCUGCUUCGAGCGACCGGUGGGUAUUUGGGCGUGCAACUACUAUCAGGACUCGGUAUGGUGGCAAUGACGGUCUUGAUGUUGGUUCUGAGAGUGACACUUGUAGGCAAGCAGCAAUCCUGGAAAGUAUAA